AUAAACAUCACUGUACACUACAGGACUCGAUGGCGUACUAGGCUUGCCAUCUUUUCUCCUCCAAAGUCCAAAAAACUCAGUAGUUUCGCUGUCUUUGCAGGAGAUUCCCUUCGGCAAGUUCGAGCCUUCGGACCGAAGAGCGACAUGGGUGUCACCGUCAGAGACGCUUCUCGGAUCAUACUCCUUCAUCUGCUACUUCUACUGAGUUCUCAUUGCCAUGGAUGCUGGGCUAGAUUGCUGAGUGAAAAGCUUGCUGGGUUUUCUAAAGUCGAUGAUGAUGGCCAUGCCCAUGCUCAUGGCAUGUCCCAUAUGGAUCAUCUCAUGAUGGACCCCCAAUCGAUGAUCUUCUUCACCUUGGACGACCUGAAGCCAGGCAAAACGAUGCCCAUCUAUUUCCCCAAGAGACACCCCUCAUCAUCCCCACACUUCUUGCCCAAAGCAGAGGCUGAAUCCAUCCCGUUCUCAUCCGGAGACCUCCCUCACCUCCUCGACCUCUUCUCGUUCUCCGGCGGCUCUCCACAGGCCAGAGCCAUGGAGGACACCCUGAAGCACUGCGAGACCAGACCCAUCAAGGGAGAGACCAAAUCAUGCGCGACCUCGCUGGAGGCCAUGCUCGACUUCGUCCGCGGCAUCUUGGGAGGCGAAUCCUCCCCUUUCCGGGCCAUUUCCACUAGCCACCUCAUCGAAUCGAGCACCCGCUUCCAGAACUACACAAUCCUAGAACAGCCUAAGGGCGUGCCGGCCUCGAAGAUGGUGGCGUGCCACACCCUGCCAUAUCCCUACGCGAUCUUCUAUUGCCACAGCCAGGAGAGUGAGAACAGGGUGUUUGAGGUUGUCCUAGGGGGCGAGAACGGGGACAGGGUAAACGCAGUCGCCGUCUGCCACUUGGACACUUCGCAGUGGAACCGCGACCACCCGUCCUUCCGUGUGCUCGGGAUCGAGCCGGGGGCCGCGCCAGUCUGCCAUUUCUUCCCUGCGGAUAACCUCGUCUGGGUUCCGAUCGCGCCUAGCCAGGGCAUGAUGUGAUUGUGUGCUUGGGAAAUCUAAUUCCAGAUCAUUAUGCAUGUCAUUUUGCUUCUUGUUCUUCUUGAACUAUCUUAACUAUCUCGACUGCGCGUGCUCUGCACAGUAUAUAGCAUAUUAAUAAAGAACCGUUUAUCCUAUGACA